AUGAUUGUAGGUGACACAGUAGAGAAUACAGAAGUGAAAAUUCUCACACUAGCUAUUCUGAGAGCUUUGUCAGUGCAUUGCUCUGAAACAGAUAGAAGCAGCAAACUUUUAGAAAUAUGAGGAACUGAAGAGAAGAAAACACAGGAAAAAGAAAAAAAGAAAAAGGAAAAGAAGAAAAAAGGACAGCGUAUCUUCCCUCAAAAUGUUAAAAGAGCUGAGAAGAUACAUCAGAAUUCUUCAUUUUUAAGCCUGCAGAGUAGUAUGAUUUCCCAGAGAAAAAAUGCAAUGGCUCAGCGAAUAUUAUCAGCAAGACUUAACAAAAUUAAAGAGCUGAAGAGUGAAAUAUUUGAUUUACAACACAAAUUAGAAGCAUCAAGCUUAGAAAACCAAGUUUUGAAACAGCUUCAGUGUCGACACUUGAAAGCAAUAGGUAGAUACAAAAAUUCAGAAAAUAACUUGCCGUAUCUUUUAGCAAGUCAUCAUAAUGAGGUGAGAGCUUUAAGAAAACUCCUGAGGAUGUCUCAGCAAGAUGAGAGAAAUACAUCCAAGAAGCUCAGAAAAGUUGAAACAGAGUUGCUAAAAACUAAAGAUGCCUUGCAGGCCUUGCGUACACUUUCAGAAGACAAAGCUCUUGCAGAGAGAGAGGAACUUAAUCACAGAUUAUCAGUCCUUACAGAAAAAAUGGAAGUGAAUAAUAAGAGAAUACAGAGCCUAGAAAAGCAGCUGGAGUUGAACAAUAGCACCUUUAGCCGUCAGUUGGCAAAUGAGAACAAAAAAGCUGUGGAAGCUGGGAUAAUUACAAAGAACUUGCAAAUGGAAAUUAACUCCCUUCACCAGAAAAUUAAGGAAAAGGAUCGGCAACUUUAUGUAAAAAAUAUCUAUGCAAAUCGGAUGCCUAAAAUCACAAAAGACAAAGGUGAUUCAGUACCUCAUGAAAAAAGUCUUAGUAUAAACAGACCCGUACAAGUAGAUAAAUGGAGUUUUAGAUCACUGCUACUGUCACAGUACCAAACUCGGGAAACAGAAAAAAGUCCAGUUCAGCUAACAAAGGAGAAAAAGUCAGCAGCAGACAAGAAUCAAAAAGCUAAAGCAUACACAGAUGCCCAAGAUAGAACAGAAAAGCAAUCAACCAAGAAAAUACCAAAGCCAGAAUCUUUUAAUAGAACACACAGAGAGCAUUUAAGAGAGGGCAGACUACUGGUGGAAGAAUACACUUGCUUGGAAUUUAUGAAAGAAGAGACAGAUUUGCUUAAAUGGGAGCUGAAAAAACUGAUGAAAACUGAACAAACUCUAAAUGACAGUGUAAAAGAGAACAAUAAAGAGGAAGAUGCAGGGGAAGAAUAUGAAAAUAAAGAAAAAAAGCCAGAUGAACACCUAAAUAACAGUGAAAAGGCAGAGAGUAAACGUGUUUUGUUUCCAAGAAACAAAACAGUGAUUAAUCUGAAAAACAAAUACAUAUUCUCAGAAGCCACUAAGAAUUUGCAUCAUGGGCUUCCUACAUCAGGUACAAAAUCAAAAAAAUGCAGUCUUUGCAACCAUGGACAUGCAGAUCAGGACUGCAGUGAAACAGCUGAAUCAAAAGGGAAAAAUGCCUUUGGGCUACAUGAACCAUCUUUUGGUAAAGUUACCAAAACAGGGCGGAAAGACAGUUCCACUGAAGCGAAAGGCUGGGCUCAUAUGACAUUUGCUGACAGGAAAAACAGUCUUAUGAAAGAACUCUUUGGACCAGGCUGUGUUUGA